CUUUAGGUAAAACUGCAAGACCUAUAGCUUAUAAUACAUUACUUUGCAUUUCUAUUUAUUUUCUGCCCUGCAUGUUGUAAUAGUUAUGUCUCAGAGUAGUGACUAUGAAGCCUCUUAUUGAUGCUUAAGGUGAAAAGAACAGUAUAUGCUUAUCUUGUCAUUUGAAGUUGCAUUUUGCACAUGAUUUGUUGCCAAGUGCACAGGAUGCCAGAUUUGUAUGAUUUAGUGUGUUAUUUUGUGCACGACAUUACAAUGGAAUAAGUACAUCGGUAGGAAUAAUGUGUCAAGGGGAUGGAUCCUACUCCCAUUAUCUAUCUCAAAUGGACCAUCACCACCGUCGAUCUCGUUGGUGAGUCCCCACUCGUCCAUUUCUGAUUUCCCACGUAAACUACCAAACAAACGCGAUGGCAUUGGCACGCAUGCAGUUCGCCAACUAUUCUCUCUCGGAUCUAGAUUUGUUGCGCGGAUCCGGUCCAUCUACAUGGUCGGACCCACUUUAGAUCGGUCGGUCCUGUAUCGGUGUACGGCCGAUGCCCGAGAAUUACGAAUGGUGAGUGAAACUGGACUUGGGGCGGAUCCUCUCCCAUUACCCACCCCACCUGGUUCGAUCUGCCAUUGACGGACGCUUCGAGACACGAACGUCCCUCUAUUACUCCAACCUCUCUUGAUCCCCUCAGCCUCAUCACUGACGAGAACUCGACCCCUCGACAUGGCUCUCGCCCAAUCCAACCUCCUCCGAAACUCCGCAACCCUCUAUUUUCCCAGUCCCUCCCUGCAUUCCGCCUCUCGCCGCCCCAGGUCUGUUCGUCGCCUCGCGAUCCGGGGCUCCGCCGUCACCCAACCUCCGACGGCAGCCGCCACGGCCUCCCGGGAGUCCGCCGUCAGGUCGAUCAGGGCCCGCCAGAUCGUCGACAGCAGGGGAAACCCCACCGUCGAGGUCGACCUCGUCACCGACGGCGGCCUCUUCCGCUCCGCCGUCCCCAGCGGCGCCUCCACCGGGAUCUACGAGGCCCUAGAGCUGAGGGACGGCGACAAGAAGGUAUUCGGCGGCAAGGGAGUGCUCCAAGCCGUCAGGAACAUCAAUGAGAUACUCGGGCCAAAACUCGUCGGUGUCGAUGUCAGAAAUCAAGCUGAUGUGGAUGCAAUUAUGCUCGAUGUUGAUGGAACACCUAAUAAGUCGAAAUUAGGUGCCAAUGCCAUCCUUGGAGUCUCUCUUAGUGUUUGCCGGGCUGGUGCCGGAGCAAAAGGGAUUCCUUUGUACAAGCAUAUCCAGGAACUAUCAGGAACGAAGGAGCUCAUUAUGCCAGUUCCUGCUUUCAAUGUGAUUAAUGGGGGCAGCCAUGCCGGCAAUAAUCUGGCGAUGCAAGAGUUCAUGAUAUUGCCUGUGGGUGCUUCUUCAUUUGCAGAGGCUCUCCGUAUGGGCAGUGAAGUGUAUCACACUCUUAAGGGUAUAAUCAAGGCAAAAUAUGGGCAAGAUGCAUGUAAUGUGGGAGAUGAAGGUGGCUUUGCUCCAAAUGUUCAAGACAAUAAGGAAGGGCUGGUCUUGCUUAUGGAUGCUAUUGAAAAGGCUGGUUAUACAGGAAAGAUCGAGAUUGGGAUGGAUGUCGCUGCGUCUGAGUUUUUCUUGGAUGGCAGAUAUGAUCUAAAUUUUAAGAAGCAACCAAAUGAUGGAGCUUACGUUUACACUGCUCAAAGCCUUUGUGAAUUAUAUAGAGAAUUUGUUAGAGACUUCCCUAUUGUGUCCAUUGAAGAUCCCUUUGACCAAGAUGAUUGGUCCUCGUGGGCAUCACUACUGUCUUCAGUUGAUAUACAACUUGUUGGGGAUGAUUUGUUGGUCACAAAUCCAAAGAGAAUUGCCAAGGCUAUUCAGAAGAAGGCAUGCAAUGGUUUGCUAUUAAAAGUUAACCAGAUUGGCACUGUUACUGAAUCCAUUAAAGCUGCUCUGGAUUCAAAAGCUGCUGGCUGGGGGCUAAUGGUUAGCCAUCGCAGUGGUGAGACAGAAGACAAUUUUAUUGCAGAUUUGUCUGUUGGGCUGGCCAGUGGACAGAUCAAAACAGGGGCACCUUGUCGAAGUGAGCGCCUAGCCAAAUAUAAUCAGCUUUUCCGCAUCGAAGAGGAGCUUGGAGACGUCCGGUAUGCCGGUCAGGCUUUCAGAUCUCCCUAGAGAAAAAUUUGUUAAGAGCUUGUAUUUGAUCCGAAAUAAUGUGCUAGAUAUAAGUCAAAUGAAGUUGGGGAGUUUUGUUGUACUAAGAGGUCUCACAGAAUCUGUAGAUGUGAAGCAGCCUAGACGCACUUUGAUAGGAGCAUCUGUUGCAUUUGUGUUUCAACAGUGUAAUUUCUUCUCCAAGCAAAUUAGAUGAUAUUGGACUUCA